GUCCCGCUGCGCUGCGGCGCCUCCGUCUCCGCUCUCAGGCUGCGCGCGGCAGAUUGAGCGGGUGAUUAGGUCAUUGGCAGCACCUGCAUGGCUGCCGCUCCCCACUCCUGCUGACCCGCCGCUUCAAGAGUCCUUUUCCGGCCCUGAACCGCCUGGAUCCCGUGAGGAAAUGGCUCCUUUUAACAGCCUCCGAGCCACGUGGCCGCCUCUGCUUGUGUUCGCGGCUGCAUUAUUGAUGGCGAGCUGCCAGCGGGCCGGAAACGCCACGCCGCCAGGCGUUGAAAUCGACACCCUGGAAUUGUUUGAUUUCACCUUCAAUUCGACCAACAUGACGCAUUUGGCCUACGGAGUGGCCGCCAACGCGGCCGCUGUGGUGCUGUACGGCAGCCAAUUUGUUCCUGUCAAGCGGAUAGAGACGGGGGACGGGAUGUUUUUCCAGUGGGUGAUCUGUGCAGCCAUAUGGGUCGUGUCCAUGGUUGGAGACCUGAUGCUCCAGUCACCCAAGUUCUACCCUUUUGCGAUGCUGGGAGGAGCCAUGUGGGCCACUGGAAACACAGCGGUGGUUCCCAUAAUCAAAGCCGUCGGCCUCAGUGUGGGGAUUUUAAUUUGGGGAUCCACUUCCCUGUUGAUGGGCUGGGCCAGUUCGAGGUUUGGGUGGUUCGGGGUGGCUGCUCAGGAGGUUUCCAGGCCGCUGCUGAAUUACUGCGGCGCCGGUUUGUGUCUGCUCAGUGGGCUGAUCUUCCUCUUUGUGAAAUCGGACGUGGAGCUGCAUCCUCACUCGGACUCCAUCCCGUUACUUAUCGACAGGAGAACGAACUCUAGCAGUUAUGGACAGAGCACCUCCGGUUUGUGGAUCGACACCAUCAGGCCGAGGAGCCGGCGGCUUAUCGGCUGCUUCCUGGCCGUGGCGUCGGGUUUGCUGUACGGAGCCUCCUUUGUGCCCAUCCUCUACAUUAAGAGCCGCUCCUCGUGCCCAGAGAGCAUCUUCCACGGAGCCAGUCUUUACGACCUGGACUACAUGUACGCUCAGUGCUCCGGCAUCUUCGUCACCAGCACCGUGUACUUCACCAUCUACUGUGCUGCAAUGAAUAACCGGCCCAGGAUUUAUUCCAGAGCCAUCCUGCCAGGGCUGCUGUCGGGGCUGAUGUGGGCUCUGGCCACAUACAGCUGGUGCCUGGCCAAUAACUUCCUCAGUGCAGUUGUUACCUUUCCCGUCGUCAGGGCUGGAUAUGCUCUGGUUGCCGCUCUGUGGGGAGCCUUGGUGUUCAGAGAGAUUAAGGGAUCGACCAACUGCUUUAUCUUUGCGCUGGCCUCCUGCGUCAUCCUGAUUGGCUCCUUGCUGACUGCCAUUUCAAAGCUUUAAUAAAAACCGCUAGUCAAAUGAAAUUAUAGAAUAAUUGUUAUUUCCCUCCUGCCGGCUUAGAAAAUAAUGUGGUUUAAAAAAAACGAUUCAAAUGCCUUCACAUUUAAAACUAAUGCAUCGUGGUUGAGACAAGUGCUAGUUCAGCCAUUCAAGUUGAGCAGGGGUUUUACGGUGGGCUGCCAGUAGGGGGCAGUGUCUCACAGGACGGCUGUCAUGGCUGGAACUGACGAAGCUCAGCUGCUGUCUUGUCACUUAUUUUGUCACGUGAUGUUUGUUCUAAUGUCGCCAAAUAACAUAAAUCACUUAUCAAGUUUCCAACAAGUGAACAGACUCAUCACACUGUACUUUUCUGUUUCUAUAUUGUGUUCACACAUACUUUUGUGAUGUUGCAAGAUAAAAUUAUUUAACCAAC